CUGAACCUUGAGCCUCUGACCUCGUUCAACACAAGACCAAACUAGAAUAGUUCACCUUCUAACUCCGAGGAUUAGAUCCUGCAAGUUUUCUCCAGCUUUUAGCCAUGCAGCCAAGUGAGGUUACAGGACUCCAUUAUCUAGUUCCUUCCAGCCCAUCCCCAUAUUCAGCUAAUUUUAGCAUGUCUCAGAAUAACUCACAGAUGUUUCAAUUCACUAAUCCAUCUUAUAAUUCCCAGAUCCCUUCGCAAGUUCAGGAAUUCGGUCUACAAGCAUCAUGUAUGAGCAGCAUCUCUACUUCUGAUGAAGCAGAUGAGCAACAACUCUCUCUUAUCAAUGAGCGAAAACAGAGAAGGAUGGUAUCUAAUAGAGAAUCUGCACGCCGAUCACGCAUGCGCAAGCAGAAACACCUAGAUGAGCUCUGGUCACAGGUGGUUUGGUUCCGAAACGAAAAUCACCAGCUCCUAGAUAAGCUGAACCAUGUAUCAGAGUGUCAUGAUCGGGUGGUUCACGAAAAUGCUCAGCUUAAAGAGGAAACCUCUGGACUACGUCAAAUUCUAACUGACAUGCAACUCAAUAGCCCUUACCCUCUGUUGAAAGACCUGGAAGACAUCACCUGCGAUACGGCUUACCUUGGAUCUGAGUCAUCAAACCAAUCUAUUACAAGUUCUUCAGAUUUGCUAGGCUAA